AUGGAGAGCUCGAGCAAGGUAGUUUAUUACGACGGUUUGGCUGGUUCGGUCGCAGGAGCGUCCGUGAUUAGGGGAGAGGAGAAGGAGCAGGACGAGGACGAGGAGGAGGAGGAGAUGGAGAAUUUGAAAGACAACCGCAACAGUCUCUUGCGUAAUGGGCCGUUUUUUUUCAUCCUCCAUUUUUCCUUUCCUUUUGACAUUUUUUCCUUCUCCUCCUCCUCCUCCUCCUCCUCCUCCUCCUCCUCAUUCUUUCCUCCCUCUUCUCUCAGCAGCAGCAGCAGCAGCAGCAGCAGCAGCAGCAGCAGCAGCAGCAGCAGCAGCAGCAGCAGCAAGCAGCAGCAGCAGCAGCAGCAGCAGCAGCAGCAGCAG